UGUCUCGACUUUCCUUGCAUGCCUUGGUUUCUCGUUCGUUUCGGGAGAAGAUCGAACGAUUCGGUAGAGGCUUCAUUUGGUGUCCGUUGCUCCGUGCGUCGUCGCCCAAGAGACCGGAGGUCGUUUGGGUUUUUCUUUGGGGCGGUCUCAGAUCACGAAAGUCGGUCACCCUGUCCGGUGUCCGCGUCCAUUGAUAUUCCAGGUGGAGAUCCUUUUGAUACGUGCUCUGCGAUUUAUACUCGCCAAUCGUUUCCUGGUUUUGCCCUGAAAAUUCUCUACCCUGCUCGAUUAGUUUCCACUGUAGUACAACUACGGAGUAUUACUUCUCUGAAAUUCUGAAUUUGCUCUUAUUGAGUAGCAGUUGAGUAGUACUCCACUUCUCUAAAACUCCCAUUCUUUGUCUUUGAUGUAAUAUAUACAUGCUGAUAUGAUAUUUGGCAGGAUUCAUUUGUUGGUCCUACACGUGGCACGAUUUUUUCUGCUGAAACGUUUUAACUCACUUUUUUCUUGAUCUUCAGUUUGUGAAACAGCCCAUAUAGCAGAAGAAAGUCUUUUUGUUUUCUUUUUACUCCGUAACUCAUAGCAGAUGGCAGUCAAUUUUUUUAAGGGACUUCUCUUGCUUUUAUAGAAACCGUCAGUGUAGCACUUGAGUGGUAUACUCCUACUCCUCUAAAACUCUAGUUCUCUGUUCUUUGAUGAUAUAUAUGCCGAUGCAAUUGUGCUGCCGGCCGGUACAUGAUCUCAACAUCCUUACCAAUUCCCAGAAGAAUUGCGGUUAUAACGUACUCCCAGCCAUCGCCCGGCAAAGCUGCAAGCAUUCCGGCAAACAACUGAAAUCCUCGUCCCCAGUUUCAACAUCGGCAUCAAGCCCGGAGCCAUUGCAUCGCAGGAGGAGGAGGAGGAGGAGGAGGAGGAGGAUGAAGCACACGACGUCGGACUCGGACGUGACGAGCCUUGCGACGACGUCGCCGUCGCGGUCGCCGAAGCGCGGCAGCGGCGGCGCGGCCUACUACGUGGUGAGCCCGUCUCGGGACUCGCGGGAGUCGUCGUCCACGCAGGCCACGCCCGUGUACAACAGCCCGCUCGAGUCCCCCUCGCACCAGUCAUCCCUCGGCCCGCACUCCAGGGCCUCCUCCGCCAGCCGCUUCUCCGGGGUCCUCCGCUCGCCCUCCGCCGGCUCCGGCUCCGGCUCCGGCCCCGGCAGCAAGCCGCCCACGGGCCGCAAGCGGCCCAGGCGCGCGCACGGCAAAGGGUGGCACGAGGUGGACGUGAUCGACGAGGGCGACGGCGAGUACGGCGAGCUCGACGACGACCAGGAGCUCUCCCGGAGGUGCCUCGCCGCCAUCUGGUUCUCGGUUCUCGUCGUCGCGUUCACCCUUGCCUGCCUCGUCGUCUGGGGCGUCGCACGGCGUCACAAGCCCAUCGUUCUCGUCAAGAGCUUGAUGGUGGAGAAUUUUUACGCCGGCGAAGGCGUGGACCGGACCGGGGUGCCGACGAAGCUGGUCACGGUGAACUGCUCGCUCAAGAUCGACGUCGAAAACCCUUCCACCAUGUUCGGCAUCCACGUUUCCUCCACCUCCAUCCAGCUCAUCUUCUCCCAGAUACCCAUCGCCAACGGCCAGUUGGAGAAGUUCUACCAGCCGAAGGCAAGCCGGCACGCCGCCGCCGUGACCCUGCACGGCGAGAAGACCCCGCUGUACGGCGCCGGCGCCACGUUCGGCCUGACCGGCGACGCGGGCGCCGUGCCGCUGACGCUGGACCUGGCGGUGAGAACCAGAGGGUACGUCAUCGGUAACCUCGUCAGGGUGACACACACGAGGCGUGCGAGAUGCCCAGUCGUCGUCCGCGGAGGCGACCAGCCGAUCAAGUUUGCCCAGAGUGCUUGCAGUUACACCUGAUGGAGAGGUGGUGUGGUGGCUUUGAGGUGUUCGUUUGGCACUGUGUCUUUUCAGUUGUGAAAAUAUGUUGGGGCAUACACUAAUGUGGCUUCAGUGUAGUGUUACUUCAGUGUUGGCUACAAGUUUUAUUUAGAGUUUUGGACCAGUCUCCGGUAGCUGAUUGAUUGAUCAGACAACCCCUUACAGCAUCACCUGAUGGUCAUGGAUCAAAAACUCAGUUGGAAAUGCAGUUGAUCAUCCUAAUUUCCAACUUCAAAUCAUUA